AUGCCUAGAAAAAGUGCGGCUGCUGCCAAGGUCGACUUGAUUCCCGGCGGUCAACCAUCAGUUCCCAGGCAAGGAGUAUCGCAGCCUGUUCCGGGGGUCACACGUCGCGUAACGAGAUCUACUUGUAAGCCAGGCGACCUCUUGGAUCCGGGCGGCCCAGGCAGCUUCAGUGGGAAAUCCCAAGGAAGUCGACCGACUGUAAAAACACGGGCCGAGGCCAGAGUGCAGACUGCCCCGUUUGCCACCGGCUUGGAGCAGGAUCACAGUGUACUCCCAACUGUGGAAACAGCCGAAGCAAGGUCCAGAACUUCUGAACUUACCAGGGGCCCCACCGAAACCGAUUCAACAGAAGACUCCAAUUUUGACGCAGAGGACGAUCUGGAGACCUUUUACAAGAGGAUCGGGUACUUACCUCCGCUGGACGACGCCACGAUUGAAGUCUUAGAAUUCCUAAGCUUAUCAGUUCCAGAUAUGGACACAGACGCCGGGCGCGUAUCAGCAUCGAAGCAACCAAAAGUCUUCAGAACAGGGCUUGAGGAGUACCGCAACGUGGACACAAGGCCCACAGAACCCAGAAGAGACCCACUUGAACAGAAGAUAAAGGGCCUUGUGACAGCAACCGAAGAAGAGAACCAGGAUGUGACGGCGUAUCGGAACAGGCUCUGGACACAUGACUUGGAAAAAUGCUCGGAUGAGUUUUCUGAGAAGAUUUUUCAGCGCACAAUAUUGAUGGCCAUGAUCGACCGGUGCCGUCUCAUUUAUGAGAGCGAGCUUUUGCCUAUCUCCGCCGAAAACAGUGCCAACAAGCCAUUACUCGACUUUGCAGUCGAAAGCAUCUGGAACUGCCCGCCAAUGCCUACGGAGGCAGCAAAGAAGUCCGAGAAACUACUCACGCGACCAAUGCCGGACCUUGCUAUAGCCUUCCGACGGGAAACCCUGUUCACGUCAGACCACAGUUGGAAGGUGUUUCCUUCCGCAACGCGGAAGAUUAUGUGUUACGAAGGUAUUGGUGGGGAAGACACCUACCGGGCCUUCCACUUCCUGACAAUCGAGGCAAAGAGAGCAUACACGGGCGUUGACGACAAGGUUGCCAUCUACCAGAGCCUGAACAACGCAAGCCAAGCACUACACAAUAUGUACGAGUUCUUCAGGGAAGCCGACAUGGGAAUAGAUGAGAGAGGAAACGACAUAGAGAACGGGGACAAAUAUAGGAACAUUUUCUUUGACGAGGUCAGGUUCUUCUCCGUCGUCGCAACAGCCGGGGCCAUGAAGAUCCGAAUUCAUCGAGCUUGCCAUCAAGACCCAGACAUGGUCCCUAUCGUGGAAGGGUACCCACUGGAAUUCAAAUUCGCCGAUUAUACGACCAUUGGCGGUGGUGGCGAAUUCGCUCGUCAGAAGGUUGUGGAAGAGCUCGCCAAGAUUCUGCUCGGGUACGGCGUUGGACAACUUGGAGUCCGUUUGCAGGAGGCCAUCAAAGAGGUAGAAGGAAAAUUCCAGACGCACCGAAGAAAUUGUGAAGCAGACUUUCCUCGAAGGGAUGAUUUCUACUCGCACGGGCUAUACGAACGCCUGGUGCAUUUGGCUCAGACCAACAAGCAGAAGCGAGCUACAGCCUCUGCGAGAACUACUGGGUCGCAGACUCCUAGAAACACCGCAAGAAAUGGCCAGCAACCCGCAAGUCAGUCGCAGUCGUUAAGUGCUAGUCAGCUUCGAAUUAGCGUCAGUUCGGACGCCACCAGUAGUGGCCAAGUGGCAACUUCUGAGUCUGCGACUCCGGCACGGGAAGGUGCUGCAUCUGAGCAAGGAGAUUCUGAUGCUGGGCGCGGGAGGCGGAAGAAAAGAAAGAAACCGAUAGGUUGA